AUGACGCCCGCUCAUGGAAUCGCCGUGAUCGCGUGCGCGAUAGCCGUUAUCGCAGCGAUUCGCGACUCCGUCGCCGACAGCGACGAGGAGGCGAUUCGGUUUUUGCAAACCUAUGGAUAUCUGGAUGGCGAUAACGUGCAAACGAUAUCAGAUAACGCGACGUUGGCUCUGAGACACGCGAUUGCGCUUUUUCAGGAGUAUUAUCGUAUACCUGGUGAUGGUGUUCUUAACGAAGCUACAUUGGAACAAAUGCGUAAACCGCGAUGCGGUGUCAAAGAUAUAUUAAAUGACUUGGACGAUUCUCCGAGGAAAUGGGCGAAGACGCAUCUCACUUGGAACUUUCAUCUGGCGAGCGAGAGCGUUCUACGUGUCACUGAAGUCGCGUUCGAAAUAUGGGCUGCGAAUUCGUCGCUGAUGUUCGAGCGCAAUUCGACGAAUCCCGAUAUCGUGAUAUCGUUUCGGAAAGAUUUUCACACGUUUGUAGAUCCUCGGCAUCAAGGUAGCCGAAUAUGUCCGUCGUUGCUGGAAGGACCAGGAAAUGUGUUAGCUCACGCUUUUUUACCAUCGUCAGAAGUGUCAGAGGUGCACGUGGAUAGCGCGGAAAAGUGGCACAUCGAGUUAACUGUUAAUCCUGACGAUACGAUUCAUCUGUUACAUACGUUGACGCACGAGAUCGGUCACGCAUUAGGAUUACAUCACAAUCCUUUAAAAGAUGCGAUAAUGUACGCUUUUGUUCUCUCUAAGACUUUUCCCGUGCGAUUGAGCGAGGCGGAUUUUCUUGCCAUUCAGAAUUUAUACGGUUUAAGAAAUAAGAGCGAAAUUGCGGGACCAGUUACGACGACCGUAACGACGACCACGAUUGCGACGCGCGAUACGGGGAAUUCCGCGGAUCUGUGCGCGUUGCGACGCGUUGAUGCGGUAUUGGUAUUAGAAAAUAGAAUAAGUGUAACUAUGGCCGGUAAAUUUGAUUCGGAGAUUUUUGGUAUCGUGUGUCCAAAGGACGGAUUGUUAGAGCAAUUGCGCGCUCUUUUGAAAAGACUCGCUCAGAUGAGGAACGUGUUUUCGAGCGAGGACGAUUUAGAAGAGGAGAGGGAGGAGGAAGAGGCACGGAAGUUUUCGCAUAGUGUAUAG